CUCUCUCUCUCUCUCUCUCUCUCUCAAGUCCAUGACAUAUUGACAUCUCAACUCAAUUGAAAGGAAUCUAUGCAAGUUGUGGUUGUGACAAAAGAAAGGAAAUUUCUCCGCUGGCAGCACACCAAACAUAAAACCCAAAGCUAGUCUCUAUUCUUGAGAAUGAGCUCGUUGAGACACCAAACAUUAACCCCAAAUCCAGUCCAUCUCUCUCUCUCUCUCUCUCUAAAAUGUCCAUGAUAUGUUGACACUCUCACAGGUGUGGUUCUGACAAAAGGAAAGCUCUUCACUUCCAGAACUCUUAUGUAUUAUCAUCACCUAUUUCUCUGUUCUUUAGCGGAGCUAUUCGGACACACGACACACAGGUCCCAAGAGCUGCUUCUCUCUCUCCAGUGAGAAGCAUGCCAUGCGAAUCCAUUAUUGGUUUCCUAACACUGGUUAGAGUUUGAGGGAAGACGAAAUCGCUGAUCAAGAGGAGAAGAAGAUCUCAUGCAUGCCAUUGGUGGAAGGGAAGAACCACAGCAAGUAUGAAGUACAUGAAACUGGGAACAAAGCCAGACACAUUUUACACAGAAGAAGCUGUAAGGUCAGUGUUGUCAGAUGUACCAACAGACCUCAUUAUUCAUGUCAAGAACACUAAAUACCUCUUGCACAAGUUUCCGCUCCUACUAAAGUGCGGCCUCAUACAACGCCUCUGUUCCAACGCCGACAACGAAACUGGCCAGCCAAUUCCGAUAGCUCUUCACGAUAUCCCGGGAGGGGAAGAAGCUUUUGAACUCUGCGCCAAGUUCUGCUAUGGAAUCACCAUCAAUCUCAGUGCUCAUAACUUUGUGGCAGCAAUCUCUGCAGCCAAGUUCCUACGGAUGACCGAGUCGGUUGCCAAAGGAAACUUCAUCGUAAAGCUCGAUCUGUUCUUCGAGUCAUGCAUCCUCCUAGGGUGGAAGGACUCGAUCAUGACGCUCCAGUCCCUUUGGAGACACUCUGGGUGGUCGGAUGACCAUCGAAGAAUGCAGCCGUGCAUGAACUCGGUCAUUGAGAAGAUACUCAUCCACCCCUCGCAGGUCGCAUGGUCCUAUAGCUACACAAGGCCAGGCUACACGAAGAAGCAGCAACGCAGUGCAGCCCCCAAGGACUGGUGGACGGAGGAUGUAUCUGAGCUCGACCUCGAUAUCUUCCGGUCGAUCAUUUCCACCAUCCGAUCCACCAAGAAGUUCCCGCCAGCACUCAUCGGAGAAGCGCUCCAUGUCUACGCAUUCAAACACCUCCCGAGCCCACUGGAGUUCCAAGAACAAGCUCAGAGCUCCUCAGCUCGAACUGAUGACAUCCUAAACAAGCACCAACGGGUGCUCGAGGCCAUUGUUAGCAUGAUCCCGACUGAGCCAGGAUCAGUGUCAGCCAGUUUCUUGUUCCGGCUUCUCAAGAUUGCUUGUUAUGUCGGCGCCUCUACGUCUACCAAAGCUGAGCUUAUAAGACGAUCAGGUCGCCAACUGGAUGAAACCACUGCAAGUGAUCUGCUAAUUCCAUCAACUACCGAUCCCCGGUCUCAUGAUAUCAGCACGGUGGCGGCGGUCCUCGAGAGUUUCCUGUUGCAAUUUCGCCGACAUAUGCCUCGAGAAGAGACCGAGAGGAUGAUCAUGUCCAUGACCAAGGUGGGGAGGAUCUACGACGACUACCUGCAGAUCAUUGCAAGCGAUAGUACUUUACCAGUCUCAAAGUUCAUUGAACUAGCAGAGUCGUUGCCUGAAAUGGCACGGGAGGAGCACGAUGGGCUGUAUCAAGCUAUUGAUACUUACCUCAAGGAGCACGCAGAGUUGAGCAAGGCAGAGAGGAAGAGGCUCUGCAGGUUGAUCGACUGCCGGAAACUGUCACCUGAAGCACGAGCAAACGCUAUAGCCAACGACCAGCUGCCUUUGCGCACCAUAGUGCAGCUCCUGUUCAUUGAGCAAGAGAGAGUUGGCGGAGCUGGCGGUAGCAAAGGAGCUCCUGCAAUCUCAACCUUGAAUGAGUUUUCAGACGCCAUGGCAGCUCAGGAUGAGGCAAGAAGGUUUAGGCAUGGAUUGGAAGGAGGGCAUCGACGUGAAGAACCUGCUAUGGGUGCAAGAACAGACAACACAACGGUGGCACCAUCACCAUCUGAACCCAAGAUUGCAAAGGAUGAGAGGAAGAAGAAGGCUGAAGGACUCGGGGACAAGUGCGACAACAAAACCAAGUAAGGAGCACACCAAAUUGAAAAAGGAUAAAGAAUGUGAUUGGUAUGGCCGCGCCCCCAACAGCGCCACCCCAACGCCACCCUCCUCUCUCUCUCUCUCUGAGUUAUCAUUUAUUGAUAUUUGAAA